GGUCUUCGUCGGUCAAAAGUCCAGCAUACAGGAUCAUCUGCCGUCUUGUGCGAUAUUAAAAUUUGGCGUCAGAGUCAAUAUUUUCUUACCUUCCUCGACCGACAAUCUCAAUUGAAAUGACAAUGAUGCGUUAAUACACCAGAGCUCAUAUGAUUAUGGAGAUUUUAGAAUUAAAAGACGUCAAAGCUGUUCCAGAUAUUGUUCAUCUGUACCCCGACAACGUGAAAAAUGAGUCACUUCCACUUGUCAUUGACAACGGUUCCUAUAAUUGCAGAGUGGGUUGGGCAACUACAAAAGAGCCACAACUUAUAUUCAAGAAUCUAAUUGCAAAGCCUCGAAAAGAAAGAGGCAAAAAAGAUGGUGAUAUCCUUGUUGGAAACGAUAUUGUCAAUAUUGAAGCAGUCAGAUUUCAAUUGAAAACACAAUUCGAUAAAAAUGUUGUAACUCAUUUUGAAGCUCAAGAACAAAUAUUCGACUAUACGUUCACUCACAUGGGUAUCGAUACUGAAGGAUCUGUCAAUCAUCCUAUCAUAUUGACUGAAACAUUCUUAAAUCCUAACUACUCUAGAAAUUUGAUGACAGAAUUACUGUUUGAAUGUUACAAUGUUCCUUCAAUCGCAUAUGGAGUUGACUGUUUAUUUUCUUAUCUACACAACAACUGUCCUUCAGAUGGAUUAAUUGUGAGUAUAGGAUAUCAAGCAACACUCAUUAUUCCUGUACUUGGUGGAAGGGCAGAUACAUCAAAUUCCAGGAGAAUAAAUUUGGGUGGCUAUCAUAUGACAUCCUAUAUGCACAGGCUAUUGCAAUUGAAGUAUCCUGCCCAUGUUAAUGCCAUUACUCCAAGUCGAUCCGAGGAGCUCAUUCAUGAUCAUUCAAUGGUAGCACUGCAGUAUCAGAAGGAAAUCCUAAUGUGGGCUGAUGCAGAGUAUUACGAUAGUAACGUACUUAGAGUGCAACUACCGUAUGUCGCUCCAGCAACUACACCGGGUCUUACAUUAGAACAACAAAAGGAAAGGAAACGCGAGCUUGCUAGGCGGUUAAUGGAAAUUAAUGCAAGGAAACGAGAAGAAAGAUUAGCAGAAGACGAAGAACAAUUAAAUCAAUUGUUAGCUGUUCAAGACUUACUGGAUGAAGGAGAAACAGAAGAAUUUGAAGAAGCUCUGAAAACUUAUUCGCUUACAAGCGAAGCCGAUUUGAUAAAGACAAUCGAUCAUUUACAAGCCAAAGUAGAAAGAACUCGACAGAAGAUUGUAGCCGCUAAUUCUCAAGAGGAAACUCUGGUGACGGAAGAGCAGAAGCCAAAAGUAAAACCAAAUUUACAACCAAAAGACCAUCAAGAUUUUGGUGAAUGGAUAGCCGGUGUGAGAAGGAAAAGGCAGGAAAUUAUAGAGAAAAGAACAGCAAAACGACAACGUCGUCAAGAUAUGGCCAAACGAAGAACCGCAGCUGCUCAAGAAAGAAUGAGAAUAAUUAGCCAGCUUGCUAGGAAAGACAAAAGAGACGACGAUUUUGGCAUGAGAGACGAAGACUGGGAUGUUUACAAAGCGAUUAAUAAGGAAGGCGGUGAUUCCGAUUCAGAAUUAGAACAAGAAAAAUUAAUGGAGCUAGAGAACGUGUUGAGACACCACGAUCCCGAGUUCGAGAAUGCAAGCAGUGGUCACGUACAGAUGGUACCUGGAGAAACGCAUCAGUUACAUGUGGGCGUUGAACGAUUAAGGGUGCCUGAAAUUCUAUUUCAACCAGCAAUGAUUGGUUUGUCGGAGUCCGGACUAGUCGAAACCAUCGAGUUUGUGCUGAGGGGUUACACGCCCGAGGAGCAAAAUCGUUUGGUCAGUAAUGUAUUUCUGACAGGAGGAUCGGCCGCCUUUCCCGGACUGUUGCAGCGGUUGCAACGAGAUCUUCGAGAGAUAAGGCCUUUUCAAUCGGAAUUCCGAGUGAGCGUAGCAAAGAAUGUCAGCUUAGAUGCUUGGUAUGGAGCUAAGGACUUCGGGCUGAACAGUGAUUUGUCCGAGUACUUGCUGAGCCGCGACGAUUAUGAGGAGAAAGGGCCCGAAUGUUUGAAAUCGCACUCGGCGAGCAAUUCAUAUCUGUCGUCGCCCGAUCCGCUACCAUCGCAACAAGUAGCAGCUUUGUCCGAGCAGAUCACGGCGGAAGAUGCAACGAACGAGAUCGACGUCGAAUGAAGACUACCAAAUGUGAAUUAGGCGAGCUUGGACACAUUACAUGUACAUAUAUAUAUAUCACUUAUUCACUUCGAGGUUUUCAUCAAUAAGAAUAAAAAACAAGGCUUCUGUUUUGUCU